CAUCACAAGACGCACAGCAUGUGAUAUUGAGCAGACUGCUGUACUGGAUUUAAUUGACGAUUAGUUUAAACAAGAUGGAAACGUGUUUCAGAGCCUUUUAAUGCUGCUAAAAUGGUCCGUGUGUAUAACUGCCACCCGUUCGCGUGUCAGCGGAUCGUCCCGGCGACACAGGAGCCCGGGCUGGUGUGUAGCGGCGGGGGCGCGCUGUUCAUCGUGUCCGCUGGAGGAUGUAAGAUCGAGGUGUAUCACAUACAGCAGGACGAAUGUCCUCUAAUCUGUCGCUUUUCCACCAUGGGCAUAGUGCACAGUAUUGUGUACAGUCAGAUCGGGGAUUACCUGGUCACCAUUGAGGAGAAGAAUGGUGCCACCUACUUGAGGGCCUACACUAAUUGGCGCUACCAAGCAGUUGAGAAGAAGCGUGUAGGCGUUCGCUUGCUCGGGCACCUCAUGCGCGGUCAGGUCCAACAUGGCACCCCCAAGGAACAGAUGGAGAUUGUAGAGAUACCUUUGUCAGAGACACCACUCUGCACUGCUUGCUGCUCCAUCACAGGUGCCCUGUUGGUGGCCUGUGCAAAGAGCCUGGUGCUGUUUAGUCUGAAGUUGCAGUCGCUUAGUGAUCAGCACUAUGCUCUUGACUUUGAGAGGCUCCUCAUCCUGUAUGUUUCUGGUUGGAGCCCAUCACAGGUGGCACUCUGUGGUGGGUACAUUGCCAUGCAAACAGAACUGGAGGUACUGGUUGUGAAGCUGGAGAACCUGGAAAAGAUUUGUGCAUCAAAUGAAGAGCAUACGCAGCUGUACGGUGAUGAUACGGCUGCAGUUGGUGUUACUGAAAAUGAUGUUAAAAAGGAGCCACAUUGUCCCCUUGAGUCUGAUGACUACUUUGUGAUCCCGAAGCAUCUGGAGAUGCUGGGAGAUAAGGCAAAGGAUUGUGGAGUGUCCCUAUCUUUAGAGUGGACUGUAAUGGAGACAGAGGCAAACAUGGGCGUUACCUACAUCUUGUACAGGAGGUUUGCCCCAGAUUUCUUCCAAGGCUGCACUGUGGAGGACACACGUUUGCACUCCCUGCAGCUCCACCCCUUGUACAGUGGUAAUCCGGAUGUAAGCAGUGAUGCUGGAAAAAGUGACCCUUCCUGUAUGUUCUGUUUCUUUUCUCUACCAAAUGCUGGUUACAUGUACAGCCUGAAGAACACCGUAGAGCUCAUUUCAACCUACCAGUACCCAGAAAAGGCCCAUCAGGCUUUGCUGUGCAACCAGUUUCUACAUGUUAUCACACAAAAUGCUCUGCAGUGUUUCUCUGUGAGAUGUAGUGCCGUUGCUGCUCGGGUCGAGGACCCUUACAUUGACACCACCAUGAAGGCCUGUCCUCCUUUCACUAUGGAAGUUUCUGCUCUCCGUAUACAGCUGUUUAUCGGUCUCAAGUCUCUGUGUCAUGAUGGAAAUCACAUUGUGCUGCUCACAGCUGCUGACGUUGAGACCAAAGAAGAGACAGAGCGGGUGACUAGAAGAUCUAUAUCCAAGAAAACUUCAGUGUCAAAGCUGAAGGAGCCCAGCGAGAGUGGCCAUGGCUGGAACCUGUACGUGAUAAGCACCGUGUCCACGCUGCAGCUCUACAGAGAGAUGAUGGAGUACAGUAAACGUUACGAGCAGGCCAGCCCGCUGUCGCAGAACUAUGUUCAUCUGCUUAGUGAAGCUCAUUUGCUGCUGAGAGCCAGUCUGCUCUGUCCAAACGCAGACAAAGCCAAGAUCCAGGAAGCUUUUCAGGAGAGCUGUGCCCAGCUGGGAGACUGCUUCAGCAGGCAGGAGAAGCGGGAUUGUCACUUGGCUCUUCCAUACUACAAAAUGUCUGGCCUGUCAGUGACAGAAGUAAUCCAGAGAAACGUUGCAGUAUGCAGGGGUCAUGAUUAUGGGAAAGGCUUUCUCUUCUUCCUGAAGCACUCUCUCUAUGAGGAAACCAUGGAAGAACUCAGCGAAGAAACUGCUAACACCGUGUUGGAGAUCUUCAGUAAAGCCGAGCCGGGCCAGCUCCCGUACGUAGUGAGCAGCUUAUUCAUGAAGAACGCUAAUCCUGCCUCUGUACGUGCACACCUGGAGCAGCUGGAGCUCAGUGGCGCUCCGUCUGUCACAGUCACGCUGUGUAAGGCUGCUCAGGCACUGCGCUUAGGAGACCUGCAGUACUACAAACAGCAAAUGGAUCGGCAUGCCGAGAUGCUGCAGGUGUACGGCUUCAUAGAGGAGCCUAAGCUUCUUGUGCAUCGCAAAGGGAAGGCCGUGGUUCCCACUCAGCUAGCGCGGCACCUACGGGACACCCAGGACGGCCUUCUGGUGGCUGCCGUCGUGGCACUUCAUGAGAACAGCAAGGUCAAACUGGAAGAGGCUGAACUCUUCUUUCAGGAGUUGUGUAAGGACAGCGCAGAAUCUCAGAGGAUUCCUCAGCAGCUGGUAGAUUUCUGGGAGGCUCUGCUGGUGGCAUCAUCUCAGGAAUCAGUAGUCCAGGAGCUUUUGUUCCACCUCACCUCUGUAUACAUCGAACGCAUCAUGUGCAGAGAGCGCUCAGGCAUUAAAGCACUCAAAACAGCUGAAGACUUGAUCAAUUCCUGUUCUCACUAUGGAUCACUGUUCCCAUGGUUGAGCAUUCUGACUCCUGCUCAGUUUAACAUCACACAUGACCACCAAGAAGACCUUCAGAAACUUCAGUCUCUGCUGUGUGGCCCAACGCUGGACGUGUCCUCCGUUGUGCCUCUGCUAGAACAGCUAUCUGAUGAGGAUAACACUGGCCUUAGCGUGCACGUGCUUUGUGCCACCAAACUGGGUCAGCAUGAGAGAGCCAUCGAGAAGCUACUGGACCGCUGCCCUCAUGCCGUCAUCCUCUACGCCAAUUAUGAGUUACAUAGCGACAAAAUGGCCUUGUGGUGGCAGAAGCUAUUUCCUGAGCUUUGUGAGAGGACACGGCUUUCUUCAGGAGAUAAUGGGGUUUUUCUCACUGCUCUCAAAGAGACUCUGGCAGUGGUGGCCAUGGAGCUGAACCCAGCAGAGUUUUUGGACUUGUUACCAGACGAUGGUACUGCACACUUCUUCUUGCCUCACCUUCUGAAAUGUAGCCAGAAGCAUCUCCUUACAUGACAUGCAGGACAUCAUACCAUUCCACUCCUAGUUUGUACAAUCACAUAAGCUAACACAUGAAUAUAAGAUUGUUUGGGAUAAUAUUAAUGGCAAAAUAUUAACCUAGUAACAGUUUUAUAGUUCUUUAUUAUAAUAUACAGACAUAUAGGUUAAUGUUACACCCCAAUAGCAUUAAGAUAAUGUUUAUUAAAGUAUUCUGUGUAGAAUAUGAUUUCAGGACCAACACAACCUGCUUGUUAGUAAAUCAAGUUCAGAAAGUAAUUUAAUCGGAUGCUAUAAGCUGUUUUUCAAAUGGACAUGAAUAAGAGAACUAGACUAUACUACAUUGUGGCACAAAACACAUGUAAUAUUUGUUUGUUUAUAUGAUAUGUCUCAUGUCUGUGUCAAUUCAGUUCCCAGCUCAAAGUGAAUGCUGGUUUGCUCAUUACUGCCUUGUAUUGUUUAUGUGUGUGUGUGCGUGUAUAUAUAUAUAUAUAUAUAUAUAUAUAUAUAUGUAUGUAUGUAUGUAUGUAUGUAUGUAUGUAUGUAUGUAUGUAUGUAUGUAUGUAUGUAUGUAUGUAUGUAUGUAUGUAUGUAUGUAUGUAUGUAUGUAUGUAUGAGCAGACAAUCAACAGUACAUAGCCUGAAUAUGAUGCUUUAGUAUAAUGGCCUAAAUAGUGAAUUUCAGAUUUUAUAUUUUGUUUUGUUUUUUUCCACAGUUUGUCUUUGGGUUCUCCAUAUUUCUGAAAUGACCUAUUAAAACACGUAUCUAUUAAAAAGCCUCAAUUUUAAAGGAGGAUGUUAUGACAACAGAGAAUAUACUGUAAGUCGAAUCUUCUGGGUGUAGUAAAUAUUACAUGUUUUUACAUCUAGUUUGAUUUGAUUAUUAUGACAUACCUAAGUGUUUAAUGUUAGCCCAGUAAUGUUGAGGAUUUUUAACGCUUUGAAAAAGAUACAUGUACUUAUAUUUACAUUCAUAUGUAGAAAUAAGAUCAUGUAUAACGUGGGAAACAGAAAUUUGUCCCACUUCUGCCAUGAAUCAUAAUUUUUGAUUCAUAACAGAUUCACUGUCGAAAUUACGAUCAAAACUACUAUCUAUAAACUACUAUAUAAAAUCUUUGGUCCAUUAUUCUAAAACGUCAUAUUCAGCAUCUGAAUUUAACACUUAAAAUAGAAAAAUUUUGUGUUGCAAAUAACUGCCUCAGGUUAUGAUGUGAACAUUACAAUCAUGUGAGCUCAAGCAGGAACAUGGUAACUGAUACUGCUUAGUCGCUUACUCUGAGAACUAUUUAGGGUUGUUGUUUUUUUUUAAUAUUCGUUCAUCUAUGCAGGUUUAUGUACUAAUUACUGCAAUCCUCAGCUAUACCACUGGUGUCUUUUAGUUCUGUAAACUAAAUCAUUAGCAAUAUAUGCUUUGCUUGGUUGCCAUCUUAUGACGCAUGGACGUAAGUAUUUGCACUUUUAGCACUUAUGUGUAUUUUAUCUAUUGUGUGCUGAUAUUUAAAAUACAUUUGUCUUCUUUCUCAUUUUAUGCUUUUUUUUUAAUUAAAUUAUGCAAAAUAUCACAAUGUGUCAGGUGUAUAAUUCAAUAAAUUCUUACUAUGUCUAUGUUCUGUUCUUCACUCUUGGUUUUUGUUUUGUGUGUGUGUGUGUGUGUGUGUGUGUGUGUGUGUGUGUGUGUGUGUGUGUGUGUGUGUGUGCGCACGUGUUUUCAAAUAAUACUCUUCUAAAUUAUAACGCGAUAAGUUCCCUCUCGGGCAAAUCCUCGGUCACCUGAACGGACUU